AUGGCAGAGCUUCUACACCAGGCAAAAACACAACGUAGAACCGUUCGGAGCCAACAGACCACAUUUCGGAAAUUCUUGGCAGAAUAUCACUCCAGGCAGAAUGCAUUCGAUCAGCUUAAGUUUAGACUUGAGAGAUUAGACGAAAUGUGGAAGAACUUUGAUAAAGCGCAAGCGGUAUUAGAAGACCUAGAUCCUGAGGGUGAGGGCAUGUCCAGCAAAAGAGAGGAAGUAGAGGAAGUUUUCUUUGAUUUAAAGGCCAAGGCACAAGCGCUCUUAAAUUCGGAAAAUAGCAAUCUAACAACACCGGCCAUCUCGAAUUUAUCGGAAGCCUCAGGAUCAAGAGUCAGUGCAAAAUUACCGAAGCUAAAACUUCCUGAAUUCAAUGGUUCUUACGAAAAAUGGAUUUCGUUCAAGGACGCCUUCACUUCACUCAUACACAACGAAACAUCGCUGGACGCAGUUCAGAAGCUGCAGUAUCUACGUUCCUGCCUAACAGGGGAGGCAGCGGAAGCAAUUGCGUCAUUUCAGACGACCGCCGAAAAUUACGAAGAAGCGUGGUCAUUGUUAACCGAAUUAUACAACAACCCGCGAGUGAUUAUUCUGAGACAUUUGUCGAUACUAUUUUCUCUGGCACCUAUGCAAAGGGGUUCGCCCGAGAGUCUGCGUAAAUUACUGAAUGAUACCCAACAACAUCUGCGAUCUCUAAAAUCACUAGGGCAACCCACGGAGCAUUGGGAUGCAAUUAUUGUGCAUCUUCUGACAGAAAGACUCGACAAAGACACGCGCCGAGAAUGGGAGCACUCGCUAACAGAUACGACCAUGCCGACGGCAAAAGGCAUGAUGACAUUUCUCACAAGGGUAAGCCAAGCUGUAGGACAUAAUGCAGUCGAUAAUAAAUAUAGCCAUUUGAAUUCGAAACCUCGCAAUUUCCGCACCGCGCAGGCAUUAGUGGCAUGCCAAGUAUCAUGCCAUAUCUGUGGAAAAUCUCACCCUACACAGCGGUGUGAGAAAUUAAUAAGAUUAACACCGUCGGCUCGCCUUACCACGGUGAGAGAAGCAAAAUUAUGUACAAACUGCCUACGGCCAAAUCACACUGCUUAUAAGUGUACGUCAAGCAAGUGUCGCAGGUGCAGCAAGAAUCACCAUACCCUGCUACAUUUGGGCGCCAAACCUGCACCGCUGGACGCAUCGAACAAUGACGAGCCUCAGGAUGAGCAAUCUAUAGUACGGCCCUCUGCGUCAACGUCGGCGAUGGCAACUCGGAUUUCAAAGGUACCGUCAGAAGUCCUAUUAUCAACAGCGCAGAUUUAUAUUUUUGACAAAGACGGCAUCAGACAUAAAUGCAGGGCGUUACUCGACUCCGCUUCCCAAUCUCACUUUAUCACGAACCGAUUGGCCGACCUUCUGCAAUUGCGUAAGAGGGAAAUACGCACGCCUGUUAGCGGUCUAAAUAAUAUUUCAACAAGCACCAAUUACGCCGUUACAGCUACCCUACAGUCCAGGGAUACGAGAUUUAUAGCGAAUAUAAAUCUACUAACAAUACCACGAAUCACGGACCUCUUACCGUCAAGCCAGGUCAAUCGGGACAAGAUAGAAAUUCCGGCUAACGUCCCCCUUGCCGAUCCCGAAUUUCAUAAACCAGCGGAAAUCGAUAUCCUCAUAGGAGCAGGGCUAUUCUUUUCUUUAAUGAGCGUGGGACAAAUUAGGCCGGUAGUGAAGGACUCAAGAUCGAGACCCACGUCCCUAGUGCUCCAGAAAACCCGUUUGGGAUGGAUCAUCUCGGGUGAGAUGCUACAACACGAUGCAUCAUCCAGGCCAUCCCGCUGUCAUUUAAGCGUGAAAUCUGAGGACGACUUGGACGCUCAGAUACAGAAGUUUUGGCAGAUGGAGGAAAUCAAGGACGUACCGAUUCUCACAGAAGAGGAAAGGCAGUGUGAAAGGCAUUUCCUGCAUCACACUCGACGAGCAGAAUCAGGGAAAUACAUAGUAAAACUACCGUUCAAGGAAAGGUCACCGGUCCUUGGAGAUUCUUAUGGCACAGCCCUUAAACGUUUCCGCUCUCUCGAAUUCAAAUUGAACAGGAAUCCUGCACUAAAGGAACAAUAUAGCCAAAUCUUAGACGAAUAUAUACAUUCGGAAUACAUGUCGGAGAUAACGGAAGCAGGUCCGCAUGAGAAGGGUUACUUCUUGCCACAUCACGCGGUAAUAAAGGAUUGUAGCACCACCACGAAGCUGAGAAUAGUGUUCGACGGGUCGACCAGUACUACAACUGGGGUGUCGCUUAAUGAGGUAUUAAUGGCUGGACCAACGAUCCAAGAGGACCUAUUCUCUAUUGUGACGCGUUUCCGCACUCAUAACUACGUUCUUUCCGCGGACAUAGAAAGGAUGUUUCUUCAGGUGAUGAUACAUCCUGAAGAUCGAAAAUAUCUGCGUAUCCUAUGGCGGAGAGAACCUGAAGAAACAAUUAAGACAUAUCAACUGAAUACGCUUCCAUUCGGAUUAACAUGCUCCCCGUUCCUGGCAGUGCGGAGCUUACAACAAUUAGCCGAAGAUGAGAAAGACAGUCAUCCAAGGGCAGCGGCAAUACUCUUAAGGGAUUUUUAUAUAGACGAUUUACAAACAGGCGCAGAAACCCUGGAAGAAGCGUGUGAAAUUCGGGACGAACUCAUUAAGCUCUUGAGAAAGGGAGGUUUUCACUUGCGGCAGUGGUGCUCAAACAACAAGUAUAUCCUGAGUGCUCUUCCUGAGAAUAUAAUCAAUCGACGUCUGUAUCAAGAUGGAGGCGCUGUUAUCAAGGCUUUAGGGAUUCAUUGGAACUCCGUGGAAGACACCAUUAUUUAUACGGUUAAAAAUAACCCCGUACCAGGUAAGGUAACAAAACGAGGGGUGCUAUCGGAAAUAGCCAAGUUGUUCGACCCGUUAGGACUCAUUGGCCCAGUCAUCGUCACGGCGAAGAUCAUUAUGCAACAACUCUGGCAGCAAAAACUUCAGUGGGAUGAGUCUCUCCCGGCUCCACUGCACACGGCAUGGAGGAACUUUUAUGAACAAUUACAUAUCCUUAAUAACCUAACGAUACGACGGCAAAUAACAACAAGACACAGGCAAGGCAUGGAACUGCAUGGAUUUUGCGACGCUAGUGAAAGAGCGUACGGCGCCUGUCUUUACCUUCGAACAACGGACUUAGACGGAAGGACUACCUCGCAGUUAAUUUGCGCAAAAUCUCGGGUGGCCCCCCUUAGGACUAUCACCAUACCUAGGCUGGAACUGUGUGCGGCGGUUUUGCUGGUCAACUUGUACAAAACCGUGAAGGGCAUUCUCAAUCUUGAAUUCGAUAAAAUAGUCCUUUGGUCCGAUUCGACCAUAGUCAUUCACUGGAUUGGAUCGGCAGCGCACACGUUGAAGACAUUUGUAGCGAACCGGGUUGCCGAAAUACAGAACAGCACGUCAGCGAAGGAGUGGAGGCACGUGGCAUCGUUAGACAAUCCUGCAGAUGCUUUAUCAAGAGGUCAAUUGCCAUCGCACUUCAUGAACAAUAAGGUAUGGUUUGACGGACCGGCAUGGCUGAACAAGGACGAGUCUCAUUGGCCGAAAAUGAAUUUGAAAAUUCUGCCUGAGAUUCCGGAACAGCGAAGACAGAUAGUACUCAAUACUAUAAACGAUAGCAACGAACUUUUAAGAAGAUAUUCAUCGCUGAUAAAGCUUAAACGCGUAAUUGCAUACUGUCUACGCUUUAAGAACAAUUGUCAAGGGGACAGAAGAAUUACGAAGACGCUUCAACCUUCGGAGAUAAGGGAAGCAACAACCUGUAUACAUAGGAUGCUCCAGAGCCAAGUUUUUUCCAGAGAAAUCUGUAGCCUACAGCAGAGGAAGGAACUGCCGCCUGACUCCAAACUGCGAUCGUUAAACCCAUUCCUUGAUGAGGCGGGAGUGCUAAGGGUUGGCGGUAGAGUGAAAAACGCAAACAUACCUUACGCGCAAAGAUAUCCUGUUCUCUUACCCAGAUCGCAUCCAAUAACUGACUUGGUUAUCGGGUACGAGCAUCUUAAAAACUAUCAUGCGGGGGUGCAGGGCACCUUGUAUGCAGUCAGAGAGAACUAA